AUGCCUUUGCAAUCCCUGCCGCUGGAGGUUAUACGCAUAAUUGCGUGGGAGUUACCAUCUGAUCGCGAUUUUCUGAACUUGAUAUGCACAAACUCUCAGCUCUGCAGCCUUCUUAUGCGUGAUUUGUACAAACGGAAUCUAGAGACAGAUCCGACAAACACGGCCUUGGACUGGUGCGCAACCACUGGAUGUAUGAGCGCAUUGUAUAAACUGGCGCAUUGGAAGCUAGACUUCAACCGACCUUUGAGGUUCUGGGAUAGAUUCUCCAAAAACUGGAAGCCCACUUCGGCAUUGGUCAAAGCAAUUGAAAACAACAAUGCAAAGACAGUGUUAUUCCUACUGAAAAAUGGAGCCGACCCCAAUUACGGGAAUGGAAUAUCUGAUCACACCCUUGAGGAGCUCACUCCCUUGGAAAUCGCUGCAGAACGAUGUGCUUAUAUGUCGGCCGAACGGCUUCUCUCGCAUGGCGCCAAGAUAGAUCAAAGCAUCUUAUACCGUGCUAUAACAAGCGGAGGCCGCUAUACUUGGGUAUACGGAGAACGCGCAGGAGCCACAAGUCGAUUGCACGGUGAAUACAUUGACGCUGAGAGAACUGUGCGUGUGAUCCUUGACCAUGGUGCCAUUCUGAAUGAUCCGACCACCCUGUGGUCACCUCUUCAUGAAGCGGUGGAAUCGUACCAUUAUCCUGGUAAUGGUGUUAUUAAAUGGCUUUUGGAUCACGGCGCCGACGUGAAUUCGAGGGACGCCUUGGGUCGAAGUCCAAUGUUCUAUGCUUUCAAGACCGAAUAUCGAAACCCAUACCAAAAAAGCAAGAAAAUGGUGGAAUUGCUUCUGGAGUACCGAGCCGAACCAUCUCCUGAAGAGCUCGGAGAGCACUUAUUUGGAUCCCAAUAUUCGUUCGAGAUGACCAAACUACUCCUUGACCUAGGGGCUGAUGUAAACAUGUUGAAUCAUGAUGACAUGACCCCAUUGCAUCUGUUGCUAUCAGCACUUGACUGUAAUGGCCAUUUCGAACAGUUGGAACCCGAGGAGAAAGAACGCUUGACUAGAUUAUUUAUAAGUCACGGGGCUGAUGUUCUUUUGAAAGACCGCGAGGGUAACACCCCGCUGCACCUUGCACUGGACCCAGAGACCAUGGCUAAUGCAAAUACGGUAAAGCAAUUGCUUGACGCGGGUGCUAAGGUCCUUUGCCAAAGCGAAGACGGAUUUGACCCCCUAUUGGCGCUCUUGGAUCACUGGCCGGAUCCUCCGUAUGCCGACGAUGACUUUGACGCAUCAAAUCCAAUGGAUUAUUGGUGCCAGGAAUGGAACCGGGAUUGGGACUUGAAAACAAAAGAAGUAAAUGAGAUGAUCAACUUAUUUGUUGAAUUUGGUCACCCUACGGAUAUCUUGGGCGAUAUCGAUCCAUUGGUUGCUCAACAUUUCCCUGCGUUGGAUCCAUUUAUCCCCGAGGAAGCCAAAAAAGAGGCGAGGGAAGCACGAGAAGAAGAGGAAAGGAAAGCACGACAAGAGGAAGAGGAAGAGGAAGAGGAAGAGGAGGAAGAGGAAGAGUAUACCAAUGAGAACCCGGCCAGUCAAACAGUAACCGAAGUUCACUAA